AUGUCUCAAAACGACUUCAAGACCGUCUUCACGCCUCUUCCUCGCCUGAAAGGAUACGACUUCGAGAUAUUCCUCGAGACUGACGUCCCUCGCCCUGCUGACCCUAUCGCUGCAGAGGAAUGGAGAAAGAACCGUAACGUCACGAAUGGUCUCCUCAUGAACGCCAGCGAAUCGGUUCUUGACAGACUCUGCACAGCGGGUUGGGUUGACGAUGGAAACCCUUACGAAUUGUGGCAGGCGCUCGAGAAGCACAUUCCGAGAAUCUCACAAGACGCCACAGCUGCCCUUGUUGACGAGUUUGCCAAGACCACCGCCAACGAUCACAAGACUCUUCACGAUGCCCUUAAUCGCUGUCACCACCUCAGAAAGCGUAUUGAGACCAUUCACGGUCGUCUGCCAGACUCCUUCCUCGCUGUUUUCCUCCUUAACUUCUUUAAGGACCGACUUCCCGAUACGUACAAGCAUUUCACAUCGAAGGGCGCCACCCAUCCUACGUGGAAUGAGGUGGCUGAUACGAUUUACACGCUUGCCCAAGACGAGGAUCAAAAGCGCAGUUAUGCCACUAUUCGCAACACACCUGGAGGCAAGUCUGCUGGCAGUAGGGGUCCUGCCUCUCCAGCCGUCACCACCACCGUCACCUCCACUGUCACUGCCUCCAAGGAAAAGAAGAAGUGCGACCACUGCAACUGUGAUCACGAGACCACAAAGUGCUAUGUCGCCCACCCCAAUCUCAUCCCUCUACACUACGUCAACCGGGAUAAGUUGAUUGAAAAAGCGAGAAAGCACGUGUGUGGCGAUCGCUGCCGCUGGUAUCAGCCUACUUCUGUUGAUGGCACCCGCCAGACUGUUGUCAGAGCGUCACCUGCCAUCUUGGAUAAGUAUAGUGGUUACCACUGGGUUGUUUUUCUGCCCAACCACAAGUUUGCCACCAUCCUGGCAGCUAUCAAGAAAUGGGAUACUGAAUUCUACAGUCUCACCGGCCUCAAGCCCAAGGUUUGGGUUUCUGACAAUGCUCCCGAGCUAAUCAAGGUUUUCAACGACCCCUACUUCGAGGGUACUCGCCACAACACGACUAUUGCCUACACGCCUUCCAUGAACGGUACUAUUGAGCGUGCUGGUCGUACCAUCGUCGAAGGCGCCCGGACACAGCUGAUUGACAUGUCCCUUCCAGAGGAACUGUGGGAUUACAGCAUCGAUUCGGUGACUCAGAUUCUCAACCUCUUGCCCACACCCUCCAAGGGUAACUUGAGCCCUCACGAGAUCAUGGCGAGAGAGCUGAACUUGGCUGCUGAACAUAUCAUCAUCCAGUACACCAUCCGUCAGAAGCCUAUUGAAGGUGAAAAACCCGUGACUGGUGAUCCCAAACCAGAUGAGACCAUCGUUGAAAAAGCGAUGGCACCCACUGAUACACAUCUCAUGUCUCCGCCACCAGAGAACCUGUUGGAGACCACUGCUACACCUCGUGACAGCAUUACUAACGAAUUGAAUGAUGACGAAUUCGUCGCUUCCGUGGAAACAAUGGAAACUGAUCACCAGGACCCUGAUUCCCUCUCCACGAUUGUUGAGGAAGCAACGAGUCAACCGGCAGAGUCCUCUCGACCUCGCCGCGCCUCAGCCCAGCGACCACCUGGUCACUACCGAGCCGCCAGUGGCGUACGCUCCUAUGCUAAAAAGACUUUUCUAUCUGCUGACAUUCUAGCUUCACUAACUUCUCGUCAAUUCUCUCUCAGCGUGCUUUCUGCUACUGCCCUUUCGAAAGUCCUACCCGACGGCGUGGUGAUCCCGAAGUCCUACCGUGAGGCGCAGAAGAGCCUACAGUGGCCCUAG